AUGGGAAGGCUUCUCAACAUUUCAGGGUCUUCCGGUACACAAGUUUUGGGUAUACAUCGCUACCCGACGGUCUCGGAAGCAGCCUCUGGUGGACAAUGGAACAUACGGCAAUGUCGUGGCUAUCACCUACGGGCGAUGAUAGCCUGCAUCAACUCUGUUCCAGCUCCGACGGAGGAUGCAGCUGACGAUCGUCGUCUCUGGCGUCAUGGUGAUGAGGAUUACAAACCAGUCUUCUCGAGCAAAGCAACAUGGGAGCAGCUUCGGGCUCAUAGCCCACGGCUGGCUUGGUGCAAAGUAGUAUGGUUCCCACAGAGUGUACCACGUUUCGCUUUCAUUACAUGGUUGGAAUUUCAGGACAGGCUCUCGACGGGAGCAAGAAGCAGAGCAUGGGGUUGCGUACAGCCGUGCCUCCUCUGCGGUGAGCCGGACGAAACGCGUGAUCAUCUCUUCUUCGCGUGCCCUUACUCUUUUACAGUAUGGACCGACUUAGUGGGGUUCUUAUUGGGAUCUCGUGUAAAUCCCGACUGGACUGCCACCAUUGCUUCUCUCCUAUCCUCUCGAAGAAAGGAGAUCGAUACAUGUCUCUUGAAACUUGCACUCCAAGCUACUAUCCACGCGUGA